AUGGCUGUUGACAUCCCAUCUUAUGAUUCAGCAGAUGAUGACUAUAUAGAUAUGGAAAUUGGUCCGUACUCCAACUUUCUCUGUCACUCCAAAAGCUCUCCGCGGCAAUCCAGAGAGUUCGAGUUUCAAAUGUCUUCAAAUACUCGGGAAAGAGAGCCUACGACUUCUCCAGCUGAUGAGCUCUUCUACAAUGGGAAGCUUCUCCCACUUCAUCGUCCCCCACGCCUGCAAAUGGUAGAGAAACUCCUGCAGAAGUCUAGUUCUGAUUAUGAUUACAGAAUAGACAUUUUUGAAGAAUUUUACAGCACUCCAUUUUCCACUGCUGUCAAUUCGCCUACUGCAACAAGUACUCCUUUAGAAUCCUGCAACAUUUCUCCUUCCGAAUCUUGUCAGAUUAGUAGGGAACUAAAUGCAGACGAAUAUCUUCUAGAGUAUUCAUCAGACACGAGCUAUUUGAAUGGUGAAAGUUCGAAAAAGUCUUGGACCAAAAAGCUUAAGCAUUCUUCCCUUUGUCUCAAGCUGAAAGCUUCCAGAGCUUACAUCAAAUCUUUGUUCACCAAAUCAGGUUGCUCAGAGGAGUCCACUGCAGCAGCUACAAAGAUAGCAGAUGAAGGAUUAGCUUCAAAAGCCAAUGAAUGCUCAAAGAAGGGUGCUAAAUUGGAAAAGAGAAAGCCAUUGGGACAAAUUCCAAUCUCUAUUGCCAAUUUGAAUAAGGAAAAAGGCAAUAUGGAUCACAACAGAAGAUCGUUCUCACUGGCCAUUAAGAGACAACCAAAUAUCAAGCCAUCAUCUUCUGCAACGUUGCAUCCCACUUCCUCUUCAUGUCCAAACGAUUCGAAAGGGCAUUUUCAAAAGGUAUGCGGCGGUAUGAAUUCAGAGUUUGAGAACUCAGUUCAGGGAGCCAUUGCACACUGCAAGCGGUCUCAAUCUCAGCAACCAUUACCUUCAAAGAAGACAGUUAGCGAAGUUGGGAUUUACUUAUUAUCAUCAUCCACCCUGGCAGUUUCUGAUGAUCAGGAAAUACCAGUAACUUUGCAGGGGCUGAUAGAGAUUGAUAGAGAAUGAUAAGAUAUAAUGAAAUCUUUCUUCUUACAAGAUUCCUACGUUGGGUAUGCUAUAACUAAACGCAAAAUGUAGUUCAUGGCUAUCUGUAAUUUGUACUAUUGGGUACAACAUGUAGGACUUAAUGAAAAUGCAACAUAACAUGCCUAUCUCAACCAAUUUCAGCAACUAUUUCCAACGUUUUAACUGCAUAGACUCAAAUCUCUAAUACAUAAAAAACCAAAGAUGUUGUAUUCAAUCAACCAAAUUCAUAGACCCCAACCCCAUGCCGGAAAGAAGGAAGCCCCUGCUCCUCGAGCUAUUCACUCGAAUAAAAAAUCCCAUUAUGCAGGGGGAAUUAUCUGCUAUUCAGGUUUGAAACAUUAGGCAAUCUAUAGCUUGAAAUUGUAAAGCCUAGAAUCGGGAUGCAUGUACUUGAAUAUACACAGG